ACGCUUUUACAGUGUAAGGCAAACGAAAGAAAAUGGUCGAUUUAGCUUCAGGAUUACCAGAAUUCUGUCCUUAUAGCUGGAUAGGUCUUUUAUUCCUCUUAGCAGCAGCUGUUUAUUGGUUUGGCGUCUCUGGAUACACUCUAACAAGUCAUAUCUGCCUCCCGGGACCGACGCCUUGGCCUUAUGUCGGAAACCUACUCGAUGCUUCAAAGUAUGAAGGUCUACAAAACGCUUUCCUAGCAUAUACCCAGAAAUAUGGGAAGGUUUUCAAGAUGUAUAUGGGCAGAGAACCCAUUAUAGCCGUUGCCGAUCCCGAAAUUUUGAAGAAUAUUUUGGUUAAGGAUUUUCAUAAGUUCAGAAACAGACCAGACUUUUUAGCCGGACGACCACCGCUCAGCAAAGGUUUGUUUGGUGCAAGAGAUAAUGACUGGAAAAGAGUUCGCUCCAUUCUUACACCGACAUUCAGCUCGCUUAAGAUGAAAGAAAUCGUACCCAUAGUUGAAGAAGCAGCUGGAAUUUUGGUGUCGAAGUUCGAAAAUUUAGCGAACGAAGAUCGAAGUGUGGAUGUGUCUACUCCUUUUUCCCAAUUCAGCUUGGAUGUAAUUCUAUCCGCUGGAUUUGGACUAAAGGCUGACGCGCAAACCAACCCCGACCCAGAGCUGUUGAAGAAAGCAAUGACAGUGUUCAUCGUACCAGUGUAUGUACGAGCGCUGUCCAUGUUUCCUUUCUACCGCCAGUUAAGAAAAUUUAUCGACCUUAAUCCUAUCCAGCAUGUGGAGUACUUCGAGACGCUAGCAAGGGGGAUACUGAAGCUCCGAAGAAAUGAUUCAACAGGACGCAAGGAUCUUGUUCAGCUCAUGUUGGAGGCACAAGAAGUGGUCGAUAACAACGAAGUCAAAACGUUGACGGACGAGGAGAUUGUCGCCCAGUGCAUAACGUUCUUAGUAGCGGGCGCAGAAACAACUGGGUCUACAUUGGCCAUGAUCGCCUACCAUCUCGCUUCUUAUCCGGAAGUUCAAGACAAGCUGCUGCAAGAAAUUGAUGAAGCUACGCGUACACGUGGCAAUUUGUCAACUUACGAGUUUGUGCAAGGCCUUGAGUAUCUCGGUCGAGUCCUUUCUGAAGUUCUACGAUUGUUUACGGUUGGUUACGUAAAUGUUCGUGAGUGUAUGGAGAGCUGUGUUAUAAAAGGAGUGGAAUUCCCUGCUGGUGUCAGCGUGUAUAUUUUGUCGUACUGUGUCCACCGUGAUCCUCAUUUCUGGCCAGAGCCCGAGAAAUUCGACCCAGAUCGUUUUCUUCCAGAGGUGGCCGAGAGGCGCCCGAAAUUCUCUUUUUUACCAUUUGGCCUGGGUCCCAAGCAAUGUCUUGGAAUUAGAUUGGCUGAACUCGAAAUAAAGACAGCCCUGGUUCAAAUUUUACAAAAGAUGAAAUUUGAGAGAGUCGAUUUCACCAGCUCUAUACGGUUACACGCUUCCACUAUUUUAGAGCCCAUCGAGCCAAUUCGCGUUAAGGUCGUGAGUAGAUCAACUGAUGGGACAUAAUGCUGCUGGCGUCUCAAGAUCGAUGCAUUUAGUGCGAGGGAGAACAGUUUUUGGAUGUCGAUCAGAACUAACGUUAGAGGCGAUCAGAGAGCAUGACAUCAUCAUCCGUAUCCUCGUCUAGUAGUGCAUUGUCUAGGACUGCCUCUGAAAUGAGCGGUCAACUCAUUAACACUUUUCUAAUUAUUAGAGUUACAAAGCUUACCAAAUUAAACUAGUACUGUAUUCUGCCAAAAAUUUGAUAAAAUAGCAGUUACAAAAGUCCAUCUACAACCGUUACCGCCCACUUUAACAUUUUCUAAUCAUUAGAGUUACAAAACUUACGAAAUUAAACUAGUACUCUAUUCUACCAAAAAUUAAACAAAAUAGCAGCUACCAAAGUACAUUUAAAACUUUAACAUGGAGAAGCCCGCCAAAUCAUUAACUACAGAGGAAGUAGUUAACGAUUUGGCACAUGUUGUAGUUAGCUCACUGGCUAACUACAACAUGUGCCAAAUGGUUUCGUUUGCCACGAGGUCUGCGUAUCGUGUGCUGGAUUUGUUGUUUACGUUGUUUAAAAUAGAGUAGACAACAGUGACUGGAACAAUGAACAAGCUGUUUCGUGUUUUUAGAUAAUCGCAUAGGAGAGCAUAUCAAUUUAAACUGGGCUUUACACGAUAUUUUGAACGAUACUUUGAACGAUACUUUCCAAGUCUUAAUGAGUCAAAUUAUAGAAAUCCAUUAGGUAAAUUUUCCCAUUGACUUGUCUACACCGUCAGACUUAGACCCAGUUCAUAUCAUCUUUCGUUAAUUGGUUGUUUGCCCUUCUUAUUCUGCUACGUGUUUAUCGGUUUUCGUCUCCGUACUCAAGAGAUGAAAAACUGAAUAACAAUUGAGUCAGUGAUAAAUUUGCGUCACUAAUCAUCGGUCAUCGGAUGGACUUGCUGUGUACAUCUGUGUUCAUUUGCACACGACUACACGAGUUAAUGAGAGUCAACUGUGCAUAGAAGUGUGAAUGUGCUUCCAUUUGACUUUUUCGGGUGAUCGGCUACAAAACGCCGCCUUUGUGCACAAGAGUUUCUUUUCUACAAUUUUUUUGGCAUGAGCUAUAUACAUUGAAAAUUGUGUCAAAUAGUGCUUUACUGCGAAGGAUCGUGCUCAUAUACGUUGUUAUUUAUGUUGGCUAUGGUGUGUUCAAAGCCCAAUGAACGUCUAACCAAUCUCUUAAAUCGACCCUCUGAAUCCCACCUUUUGCAGCCGAUUUGAUGGAAGCCGCUUACGCGUAUAAGUGUUUCCACUCGACAAUACUUUUAAGCAUGAAUUAUAAUAAUUCUUAACUAUAUAAUACUGAAGUUGUUAAUUUUUUUACCACAAUGGAUUCAAUUUCAUGAUCGAUCUUUGAAUAAUAAUUAAUAAUAAUAAUAUUAAUAAUUAAUAAUUGUCUUUUUCGGGCGAUUUGAUGGAACGCCGCCCUUCUGUAAAAGUGUGUCCUUACACUGACUUAUAAUUGUUCAAUGAAGGAGGUCGUUUAUCUUGAUUCGCGUGGUAAUUUCAAUGCUUAACUAAGACAAAUUCAAUUUCAAUGAUUUUUCUCUGUUUUUACCUUGUCUGGCGUGAUUUGAUUGACCGGCCCUUUCAUGUGCAUGUGCUUCCACUUAACGGUUUCUCGCUCAUUUCUGUCAGAAAUUUCUUAUUGUAUUGUGUUGAAGUUAAAAUUUUGAAAAUGUUUAAAAUCACGGAAUAAGUUUGGUUUGGCUCAAAGAAAUGUAAGACUGGAAUAGAAAAUAGUGAAAAUAAAAGACAGGGAAGAGUUAGAAAGGGAAAAUUACGAUGAGAUUGGCCCUGAUUGCGAAUGAUAAACUCCCAUAUUUAAGAAAAUAUUAACUUAUCCAGUGUUUUUUUUCUUUUUAACCUAAAUUUUUCCUUAAGGUACAGUCUCUCUGAGGGCUAAGAUACAUUUUUACGUUAGCAAGAGGGGUUUUUACUCGGGCCUUCCGAAGGAAACGCCCGAGGUUUAAAUUCGGCUUGUUUUUUAUUUUUUUGCGUUCAGUCACUAAACGCAGUUCCACUACAGCGCAUGCGUGAAGUUAAAGCGCAUGCGUAAAAUUAACCCUAGAGCGCACGGUUUAAAGCAAUGGCUGCCUUCGUGGACAAUUUCUUGCCUGAUGUACGAGUAGGAAAUUCGAUGGCUAUUACGCUCAAGAUAC